AUGACGCGGCACGACGACGACCCGACCUCCGGGUUCCGUUUGCCGUUCGGUCGUUCCGUUCGACCACGUUCGAUGUUUGACGAGUUCGACCCGGUACACGCUGCGUUCCACGCGCAUUGUGUCGUUAGUCGUUCUCAACCACCGCGUCGAGAACGCGUCGCAAUCAUGCCGGUCACGGCAGAACGCAGCAAACUCGAACAAUUGUGCGCGUGCCAGAAGAAGAAAAUAUACGCGCAUCAGAAGAAAAAACCGAGAGACCGUUGCAAGAGGAAGAGGCAGAUCUUCGUAUACAAUACGGACGAAGAGAUCUGGCACGAGCCCUACAUGCAAUCGCUUCACCGUGAGUUCUUGGACGGGUAUGUGCUAUGCGACUCCAAAAUCGAGCUACCCUGGAGGGAUAUCGCCCUGCGAUCGGCGAUGAGGAUUCGUCCCGACGCGAUGGCUGUCAAGGCCGAUCAGGAAUCGGACGAGAGUCAGACAAAGAUCAUCGAGAAGCGAGACUCCAGUGAAACCAUGAUAUUGCCGUGGAAGGACCUGCUCAUCACGGAAACUCUGCGAAGAACGUUGGACGAGCCGGAGAUUUGCGACUCCUCGGUGGAGAUACCCUGGGCCGACCUGGUGCUGGAGAAGCCGGUGGAAAUACGACCGUCGUGGGAAGAACGAACCUGUGCGACCGAUGAUGUUGAGAUUCCUUGGAACGAGAUCCUAAUGCCGCGGAAUAUCGUUAUCAAAUCCGAAAGGAAGCGAAAACAUCCCUCGUCCAAACAACCACCGCGACCGCGUGGUUCUGACGCGAUAUGCAUGCCUUGUGGCAAGCCUACCUGCUGCACGAGAAUCCACGCGAAAACUCGGAUAAUUCCUUACAAGAACCCCGCUGCGGAUUCCAAUUGGACUACUGCCUGCAUGUAG